CUGCGUGCCGCACGGGCGUGCUCGCGGAGGGUUUUGCGCCUGCGCGGUGCUCGGCGGUCCCUUUCUGGCUCCUCGAUCGCCAUGGCGCCCGUGAAGAAAUCUGUGAUCAAGGGCGGCAAAAAAAAGAAGCAAGUCCUCAAAUUUACCCUGGAUUGUACCCAUCCUGUGGAAGAUGGGAUUAUGGAUGCAGCUAAUUUUGAGCAGUUCUUACAAGAACGAAUCAAAGUGAAUGGAAAAGCUGGCAACCUCGGGGGCGGAGUUGUGACCAUUGAGAGAAGCAAGAGCAAGAUCACCGUGACGUCAGAGGUGCCGUUUUCUAAAAGGUAUUUGAAGUACCUGACAAAGAAGUACUUAAAGAAGAACAAUCUUCGAGAUUGGCUUCGGGUGGUGGCCAAUAGCAAGGAGAGUUACGAAUUACGGUACUUCCAGAUCAACCAGGAUGAAGAAGAGGAAGAGGAGGAGGAUUAAACCCUCUUGGGUCUGGAAACGUUUUGUAUAUGAUCUCGAAUAAAACUUGAACCAAAGUGGUGGUUAUCCUUGUCUUUCUGCACUGUGGAUUGUACAGGAUACUGGAAACAAUUGGAAAGGGCUUUGGUUGGGCUGCUGUGCACUCAUCAACACUGAGCUGCUUCUGCUUGGGGAUUUCAGUUUGGAAUGUAACUGCCAAAUUGGAAGUGGAAAAAAAAAAGGGACCUGAUGCAAAUUCUGACUGCUUUUAACAGGUCGACAAGGGCCUUCUGCUUAGAAGAAGGCAGUCAGAGAUUUGAGCCCUUCCACUUGCUGACUUUGGAGGAAAGUGUUCCCUCAAUUAGUAAGUCUUGUCUGUCUCUUUCCUCAAGGAAAUUGAUAUACAAUUGAUACAAAUCUGGGGGCUCUUAGUUCAUUAAAACAACCACAACUGAUUUCCCUUUGAAGCAUUUUAAAUCAGAUUGGAAACUGUUACUUGAAUAAAAGUACUUACAAAAAAAUUCCUGGGACAUUUGGCUGAAUUCCCUGUUUUUGAUGAAAAAUUAGACCUGGACAGGAAGCUGCUUUGAAUAGCCCUUUUCCUAUCCAAAGUAAAAGACAGUCCAUUAUCUUGAAUGACAAUCUGUCCUGCAGAAUUGGGCAUGGGGUGUGACAAAGGUAUGAUUUAAAUGGAGUAAGUCUGUACAAGGAUAUAUCAGUCAAUAGCCAUUGUUGGAAAAAUCCUCUUAUUUUUGCUGUGCAGCUGCAGACAGUUGCUUCCAGCAGGGGGAGCCAGAGAUAAGGAACAGGCCUGUACCAGGCUGUAAUGGUGGUCCGCAUUGGGUACUGUUGGCCAAAAAGAAAGACUCCAUGUUGAUAGAAUGUGGGAAACUAAGAACUGUUAUCAGGAAGCAAUUCCUACCAGGCUGGUUCUAGAAUAAAAAUUGCCUAACAGAAAUAACCCUGCGAAUUGGCAAACGAGGUAAUAGGAUAAAGCCUCUGUUCCUGGGGAGGAGACUGAGAUAGCCCGUCUCCAUUUAGGUUUUCAAUUUGCCAUGUAAAAUUAGAAAUGGGGAGGGAUGUAAUUAAAGUUCUAAUGACAUUGCAAUGAGAGACUGAAGGGCCACUUUGAGAUUGACUUUAAGAAGCAUUUUCCAAUUUUUUUGGGGAACAGUUCUGGAGCUGUCUCCUGUUUACAAUUAAGGGUGCUUGCAUGUGUAACACUCCAAAUGCCUGCAGCCAAUUUCCCUGGCUCAGCAGGGUGGUUGGAGGUGGUGGGCCAGUGGCCAGGAAUAAGCUUAAACUAGCUCUAGAAUAGACCCACCUGGGAGGUGUCCAACUUUAGCUCCUGCUUGUGGGUUGAGGUAAUCAUGUGAGAGUUUGGUAUUUGGACUUGAGGAAAAUGCCUGGACAAAUCCCAUUGCUUUGUAAAUAAAUGUGCCUGAAGAAGAGUUGUUUCUGUAGCUCUCCUCUUAAAAGGAUUUUCCCAACUUGGAGUUAUGGGUCAUUCUUUAGAGCAGCACAAUGAUUAUAUGUGGCUUUGCCAUACUUACUAAAUUACAUUAAAUGUUAGAAUUGAGAUGUGAGAAUAUAGCCUGUUCCAGUGACCAUCUACUUAAAGCACUGUCUGCAGACAUUUCUAGUGGGGUUGUAAAAACAUUCUGGGUUGAAAAUUGGCAACCAAGAAUUUUUUUAAUUGAAACUCAUCCCAGAUUUUAACUUGUAUAAGACUUAAGUUCAUUGAUUUUUUAAAAAGAUGCUUUUUUGAGCUCUUGUAAUGAGGCGUUUGAUCAUAUUUUAUAUUAAAGUGGCUAAUGUGGCUA